GUUUUUGGUUCGCUGUUUCACCUUCACUCUGUGGAUGAGUCAGUAAUUGGAAACAAAUUCAGGGAGAGUUGAUCGCGAAAGAUUAAUAAACCACCGUAGUGCAAUUAUACUUGUGUUUUUUUCUGUAAAUUUGUACACAACCUGCGUUAAAAUGGAGUGGUUAUUCGGCAAAAAGAUGACUCCGGACGAGAUGAUGCGGAAGAACCAACGAGCCCUGAACAAGGCAAUGCGAGAUUUGGACCGGGAGAAAAUGAAGAUGGAACAGCAGGAGAAGAAAAUUAUCGCCGAUAUCAAGAAGCUCGCCAAGGAGAACCAGUUGGACGCGGUCAAGAUAAUGGCAAAGGAUCUGGUCCGAACGAGGCGUUACGUGCGGAAAUUUAUGCUCAUGAAGGCGAACAUCCAGGCCGUUUCGCUGAAGAUACAAACGCUAAAGUCGCAGAAUGCUAUGGGAGAAGCGAUGAAGGGUGUCACGAAGGCAAUGAGCAAUAUGAAUCGUCAGCUGAAUUUGCCACAGAUACAGAAGAUUCUGCACGAGUUCGAGAAGCAGUCGGAGAUUAUGGACAUGAAGGAGGAAAUGAUAAACGACGCGAUGGAUGACGCAAUGGAGGACGAAGGCGAUGAGGAGGAAACUGAUGCCAUUGUGUCACAGGUUCUGGAUGAGCUGGGUCUGCAGCUUAACGAUCAGCUUUCCGGUCUUCCGCAAGCAUCAGGAUCACUGUCGGUGGCUGGUGGCGUGAAGACGCCCCAAGCGGCAGCUGUCGGGGGUGGCGCGGCACCAGGCGGCUCCGGAGCAGGCUCUCCGGUUUCUGAUGCUGAUGCAGAUCUUCAAGCGCGAUUAGACAAUCUUCGGAGAGAGUAAAGAUGAUUGCUGGGAUGUUAUUCGGAGCUGGAAUGCACAUUAUGUACUAUCAUUCAUGGAUUAUGUAGUGGCAAGAAUUCCGAAUAUCUGCUAUGUUUUAGUCUUUCUACGGAAAGCAACUACUUGAUUCUGAUUAUUAUAUUUACUGCUAUUUUUUUAUUCAAAGUUGCUAGUUUCGUCAAUUGAAAAUCUAAUUUUCAUAUGUUCGUAUGGCGCAACAUUGUAUACAGCGUGAAGUGUACGGAAGAAACAUAUUUACGAAUAAAUGUUUAUCAUUUAGGUUCAUGCUUCA